AUGAGCAAAAGAUAUCAUGAAGAUCAUGAAAAGCAUGGUUCCUCACGCAAACAUCGGCGGGAUAGCCGCUCGCGUUCACAUGAUAAAGACAAAGAACUGCGCAUUCAAAUGAAGCCUUUGAUGCUUUCUUCAGAUAAUGAAUUAACUAGACAAAAUGAAAUAAGUUACAUCGAAGGCUCAAGUUUCACACAGAAAAGCUUCUCAUCUUCGCGUAAACAAGACACACUACUGAAUCCGGAUUCAUAUUCACGGCCGACAGGUGUCAAUUCAGGUCAUUACUCUACGAUGAUUUUGGAAAGAGCACACGAAGCGGCCAUAUUUGGUCAUUCUUCCGUUCCUUUACCUUCCAUUCUCGGUACAGAUCCAGAUGAAGGCAAAGAUAAAAUAGUUUCUUCUGUGGAUACAGUGAAGCAACUACUUCAUCAUUCGCUGGAUAAAUCUGAUCCAUCCGCAUGGGAUGCUUGGUUGGUAAAACUUGCUGAAUUUAAGACACAUCGAGUAAAUAAGAUUUCAUCUACUAUAAACACAAAUCAGAAAAAGAGAAUUAAUGGAAUUGGAUAA